AUGUCUUCUGAUUUUGGCAUACCGACACCUCCCGCCUUCGAAUCGUUCGACGGAAAAGAUCAAUUCUUUCUUGAUAAUCCUUCAGUAUCGGAAAAAGAUGUUGAAAAGGAUUCGAAUAACAUUGAUCCAAUUGAUCAAUUAAUUUUAACCGCACCUCCUUCGGUACAUGAUAAUACUGAUGGUUCGGAUGAACCAUCAACUCCGACGAGUCCUGAUCCUGUCGCUCAAUCUGGUUCUCGAUAUCUUAUACAUAAUUCUUUUCUUUCUACUUUUAUUCCUCAAGUGGCUGCCGCUCAUCAAAUCAAGAUUCCUGAUUCUUAUUCCUUUUUAUCUCGUGCCACUUCGUCAGUUGAUUCUAUCGCUAGUACGAUUUCUUCAACUAUUUCAUCUAAAAGAAAACGUAAAGGUAUACCUCUUAGAUCACCUAAUCGUGAUGAUGUGGAAAGUGAUCCUGAACAAAUUGUUAAAGAUUCAACAAUUUCAACAAUUCAUCAAGAUAAAAUGAAAGGACCAACAGCAUUUAUUAUUCAUCGACCAGUUUUAUUACCAGAUAUUAUUAAAUCAUUUUCACAAGCUAGAAGAUCUAAAAUGAGAACUAGACCAGUUACAAGAGCAAAAAAUAAAAGAGAAAGUCAAGAAUUAGAAUUAUUAAAAUUAACAGGAUUAGAUCAUAUUAUUGAUACACCAGAUAAUAAUGGAACAAAUAAAAAUGAAGAAGAAACGGGAAUUAAUUCAUCACGUCGAGAUAAACAAAUUAAUCGAACAAAUAAUCAUAAUGGAAAUUUAACAUAUUAUCGAAAUUCUAAUCAAAGAAGAGCAUCUAUGUCAGUAUCAUCAUUAUCAUCAAUUCCUACAUCGGAAUUAAGUGAUUAUGAUCUUAACUCUGAUAAUUUUGGUGAUGAUGAAGAUGAUCCAGAUUUUGCUCCACCUACAAAGAAACGUAAAGGAGAACAUUCUUCAUCUAAAUAUUAUCCGAAUUCAUCGUCAUCUACAUUACAUAUGACACAUCGUAGAGAAUCGGGUAAUAAAACUAAAGUUUGUGCAAGUUGUAGAACACGCAGUACACCAUGUUGGAGACCUGGCUGGCGUCCAGAUCUUUUCUUGUGUAAUAGCUGUGGAUUAAGGUAUAAGAAGACGAAAUGUGUUUGCACGAAUUCAGAAUGCCGGUAUAUUCCACUCAAGUCUGAAUAUAAUGCAAUGUUCAAAAAACCAAAGAAUGGAGAUUCACCCGAUCUAAAGCGCUGUUGUAAAUGUGCGACAGUACUAUAA